GAGGUCACCAUCUCCAUCACCCCUGUGUCUAACAUGUCAAACUGAGCACAGAAUGUUGCUUUGUGCCAUACGAUUUGGGCUCAAAAGUCAUGGUGUAGAAUAGGUCCUGGGUACUUUAUAGUUAAAACAUGACUCUGAGAUUAAAAAUGUAAAACCUUGAGUGGGAAAACCCCAAGGGCUGAAGUAGGUGAGAGAAAUACCAUGUGCGGCAUGCAGACAACUGAAGUUAUGACAUGUGAGAUUGAACACCCUCUCACAAGAUUACUAUGAGAUAUCAAGAUACCUACAAUACUAAAUGGCAGUAGGUUUAUAAAUUCUAUUUUGUCAUAACAGAAUGGGGAUACAAUACACUGCAUAAUCAAGGAUAUGAUUCUUUGGGCCUUGAGAUAUUCUGCUACAACUUUUGACCCCUCAAUAUAUAUUAUUGAACAUUAGGGAAAUGACACCUUGAUACUUAUGCCAAACACUACACAUCUUUGUAUUACAGUUUGUAGACUGUUCCCGUAAGACCAGCUUCAUGCAGCCUUUCCUGACCACAGAACACUCACAUGACUUCUGUGACCAAAUAGAUGACCCUGAGGUGUCCAGCAUUCGGACCCAGAAGAUGACCAGUAAACACAGGAGCUUUCCUCCAGAUGAUAUCAUGUGGCACAUGGGCAUUCUGAAGGAGUAUAAAAAUCACAGGAAGCAAUAUGUUUUUGGCAAGAAAGGAAAGUUGCUAAAAACCAUCUCAGACAAUCAAAUGGUGGCACCACAUGUUCUUGGGAGUAAGCUGUAUGGCCUCACAGCGGACAAACUCAGAGUCAGAUGUGACCCUAUAACAGACGAUGAGGUUCUCAGUGAUGAGUUCCCUAAAAUAAGAACUCUAUUGUUUGGAGGAGAGAAAGUCAUGGCUGUAACAGACAACGCCAUCUACUUCCUACAUCCUGACACACUGCAAAUGCUGAAUGUUACCCUUCAACAAGAGAGCAGCAGCCUGGAGGUGAGUGAGGAUGGCCGCUACAUCAGCUUCCUGCCAGGAUCUCCAGUCAGGAUCCUGGAGAUGAAAAAACUGGAGGAGAAAACCAGACUUGCAGUCGGCAUCGGUGCCAUGCUGAUGUUUAUGGAUGUCACAGAGAUUGUAGAGAUUGUCAUGGACCUUUUGGUUCCUGGAGUUGCAACAGAGGUCUGCACUGUCAGAGAAGAUGUUGACUUUCUGGUAUCAGUCACUGUUCAAAAGGAAGGUGAAGACAAUUUCUACAGAGAGCAUGUGUUCCACUACGAUGGUCACGGGAAGAUCCUAGGGGUGCUGCCCUUCCUUGGACCGGGACCAAGAUGUUUCUGUGUGGAGUACUUGAAGGGUCAAGAGGAUGAGGCAAACACAGAUUCUGAAUGUGGCAGGAGGGGUUGGCACGUGUUUAUGAGGGACGGCCAUCAGGGAAUUAUAGGUGUACGCCUGUGAAUAACAGGAACUGUCUCAGACCGGCCAUCAGGGGAUAAUAGGUGUAGGCCUGAGAAUAACAGGAACUGUCACAGACUGGCCAAUAGGAGCGUAUAGGUGUACACCUGUGAAUAACAGGAACGGUCACAGACUGGCCAUCAUGGGACUAUAGGUGUACACCUGUGAAUAAAUGGAACUGUCACAGACUGGCCUUCAAGGGAUUAUGGGUGUAUGCCUGAGAAUAACAGGAACUGUCACAUACUGUCUAUCAGGGAUUAUAGGUGUACACAUGUGAAUAACAGGAACUGUCACAGACUGUCUAUCAGGGAUUAUAGAUGUACACCUGUGAAUAACAGGAACUGUCACAGACUGGCCAUCAGGGAAUAUAGGUGUACGCCUGUGAAUAACAGGAACUGUCACAGACUGGCCAUCAAGGGAUUAUGGGUGUACGCCUGAGAAUAACAGGAACUGUCACAUACUGGCCAUCAGGGAAUAUAGGUGUACGCCUGUGAAUAACAGGAACUGUUACAGACUGGCCAUCAAGGGAUUAUGGUUGUACACCUGAGAAUAACAGGAACUGUCACAUACUGGCCAUCAGGGAAUUAUAGGUGUAUGCCUGUGAAUAACAGGAACUGUCACAGACUGUCUAUCAGGGAUUAUAGAUGUACACCUGUGAAUAACAGGAACUGUCACAGACUGGCCAUCAAGGGAUUAUAGUUGUACGCCUGAGAAUAACAGGAACUGUCACAGACUGGCCAACAGGGUAUUAUAGGUGUAUGCCUGUGAAUAACAGGAACUGUCACAGACUGGUCAUGAGGGGAUUAUAGGUGUACACCUGGGAAUAACAGGAACUGUCUCAGACUGGUCAUGAGGGGAUUAUAGGUGUAGACCUUAAAAUAACAGGAUCUGUCACAGACUGGCCAUCAUGGGAUUAUAGGUGUAUGCCUGUGAAUAACAGGAACUGUCACAGACUGGCCAUCAGGGAAUUAUAGGUGUACGCCUGUGAAUAACAGGAACUGUUACAGACUGGCCAUCAGGGAAUUAUAGGUGCAUGCCUGUGAAUAACAGGAACUGUGACAGAUUGGUCAUCAGGGAAUUAUAGGUGCAUGCCUGUGAAUAACAGUAACUGUCACAGACUGGCCAUCAGGGAAUUAUAGGUGCAUGCCUGUGAAUAACAGGAACUGUCACAGACUGGUCAUCGGGGAUCAUUGGUGUACAUUUGGGAAUAACAGGAACUGUCACAGACUGGCCAUCAGGGAAUUAUAGGUGUACACCUGUGAAUAACAGGAACUGUUACAGACUGGCCAUCAGGGAAUUAUAGGUGCAUGCCUGUGAAUAACAGGAACUGUCACAGACUGGCCAACAGGGUAUUAUAGGUGUAUGCCUGUGAAUAACAGGAACUGUCACAGACUGGUCAUGAGGGGAUUAUAGGUGUACACCUGGGAAUAACAGGAACUGUCUCAGACUGGUCAUGAGGGGAUUAUAGGUGUAGACCUUAAAAUAACAGGAUCUGUCACAGACUGGCCAUCAUGGGAUUAUAGGUGUAUGCCUGUGAAUAACAGGAACUGUCACAGACUGGCCAUCAGGGAAUUAUAGGUGUACGCCUGUGAAUAACAGGAACUGUUACAGACUGGCCAUCAGGGAAUUAUAGGUGCAUGCCUGUGAAUAACAGGAACUGUGACAGAUUGGUCAUCAGGGAAUUAUAGGUGCAUGCCUGUGAAUAACAGUAACUGUCACAGACUGGCCAUCAGGGAAUUAUAGGUGCAUGCCUGUGAAUAACAGGAACUGUCACAGACUGGUCAUCGGGGAUCAUUGGUGUACAUUUGGGAAUAACAGGAACUGUCACAGACUGGCCAUCAGGGAAUUAUAGGUGUACACCUGUGAAUAACAGGAACUGUUACAGACUGGCCAUCAGGGAAUUAUAGGUGCAUGCCUGUGAAUAACAGGAACUGUCACAGACUGGCCAUCAGGGGAUUAUAGGUGUACGCCUGUGAAUAACAGGAACUGUCAGCAACCUGUGAAUAACAGGAACUGUCAGCAGUAGAUUUAAGGACAUUAUACAGAAGUAAAAAACUAUAAUGACUAUACCCCUGUGUCCAGGGCUACAGAACAGAGCAUACCAGAAUUUAUGAACAGCAUGUGGGACCAUGGGUAUAUUAUGACAGCACCACUCGUAAUUAAAUCAUCAGAAUCAAUUUCAAUAAUGAAGGAAUAGCAAAUGAUUGCUCUGAGGAAUGCUACUUUUUAAACAUGUACCAGUAGACAAUGCCAGCAGUUAUAAACCUCCAGUGGUAUCAUGCUAUUGUUUUCCUGUCUGGUUAAAUCUCAUAAACAGAGAUGUUGUAAUAUCCCCGGGAUCUUAUAUGUUAUCAAAGGCAUAUUUGCUCUAUAUUAUGCUAUAAUACCGCGGGGAUUUUAUGAUUACAACUUCCGUUUAGAUUGCUAGAAAUUUAUUUUGCUUUUGAACACAAUGUGAUGAAAUGUAAAAUUUGGUUGGUUGGUUUGUUGUUUAUCGCUACUCUCAGCAAUAUUCCAGCUAUAUGACGGCGGUCUGUAAAUAAUCGAGUCUGGACCAGACAAUCAAGUGAUUGUAAUC